UGGUCCUGCUGGACUUCGCCAAGGCCCAGGGGGAGCUGGGUUGGCUCACCCAGCCCUACGGCAAAGGGUGGGACCUCCUGCAGAACGUGCUGAACGACUCCUUGAUCUACAUCUACUCGGUGUGCAACGUGCUGGAGGGCGAGCAGGAGAACUGGCUCCGCACCAACUGGAUCUACCGCGGGGUGGCCCAACGCAUCUUCAUCGAGCUCCAUUUCACCGUCCGCGACUGCAACAGCUUCCCGACGGCCGGCGGCGGUUCCUGCAAGGAGACCUUCAACCUCUACUACGCCGAAUCCGACGUGGAUUACGGCACCAACUUCCAAAAGAGACAAUUCAAGAAGAUCGACACCAUCGCGCCGGAUGAAAUCACCGUCCGGGAGGAUUUCGUGUCGCGCAACGUCAAAGUCAACGUGGAGAUCCGAUCGGUGGGACCUCUCCGCCGGAAAGGUUUCUACUUGGCAUUCCAAGACUUAGGAGCGUGCGUGGCGUUACUCUCCGUCCGGAUUUAUUACAAGAGGUGCCCGGCGUUUUUCCGGGGCAUGGCCCGCUUUCCCGAGACGGUGGCCGGCGUCGACUCGCAGCAGCUGGCCGAGGUGCGCGGCACGUGCGUGGAGGACGCGGUGGCCGAGCAGGCGCCGGCGCUGCACUGCAACGCCGACG